AUGGGGAACUUGGCGACCAUGAGCGAGGCAAAAGCUGAUGACGUUUACGUAAAGUCUAUCGCCGUAGCUUACGACGGCAUCCUUUCUCCCCCGUCUUGCGAGUAUGACAAGCCAUACCUUCUGCUGGUUGUUUUGAGCAGCACGCGCAAUUUUGAACGACGCAUGACAAUCAGAGACACCAUCGGGAAAAUUCGACAACAUCGGGGGAGGAACAUCCGGCUGGCAUUCAUGACAAUGCGGACUAAUAUACCUGUCAUUGAGAAGAAGUUGCAGAGUGAAAGUACGGCGUAUCGGGACAUCAUCCAGGCUAAGUUCAAUGAAGCUUACAGGAAUCUAACUUUGAAGACACUGGAGAGUUUCAAAUGGACAAUAAUGAAAUGCCCAAGUGCAAAAUUCAUGUUCAAAGUCGACGAUGAUGUGAUUUUCUUUUCGAGAAAUAUUGUGGAUUACUCAUUGAAACUGGAGUCGGAGAAUAGAACCUUCGUCUAUGAGGGAGAUUUUGCCAAAAAAUAUGGCCCGUCCCUUCCUUCGAGAGAUCCAAAACACAAAUGGUACAUCUCCGAGCAGGACUUUAAUAACAAGACUUUCCCAGGUUAUAUUCUAGGCUACGCAGUGCUGUUCUCUCGAGAUACUGUCCAUGCCCUGUACCGGGCCUCAUUCCACGUACCGCGAGUCUUCGGGACUCCCAGGCACAGGUUUCCCAUCGAAGACGUCUUCACGGGCGUCUGCGCGAAGUAUUCGCACAUCACACCCAGGCAAAGUCCGCAGAUUCACCUGAACGUUUCCAAGUUCGAAGGAAAAACUAAAAAUGACCAAUGUGCUGUUUUACAGGAGUUGGCGGUCCAUGGCAUAGGACAAGCAAAGAUGAAACAACUCUUUGAUGAAUCUGAACAUCAGAGGACAAAUGGGAUUUGUUUUCUUGGGAAUGCACUAUCAUCGGCAAUGUAA